AUGAAACUGCUCUCGUGGAAUUGUCGGGGUUUGGGGAGACCCCUGACAAUCCAGAAUCUUAAAGGGAUUUGCAAAUCCUACUCCCCCGAGGUUGGUUUUAUCUGUGAAACAAAAAAUCAAUCUCGACAAGUUGAAGGAAAACUAAGAUCUUGUGGUUUCAAGGAAUGGUUUAUUGUAGAUCCGGAUAGAUUAUCAGGGGGUUUGGCAAUGGCAUGGAGGGAUGGUUGCACUGUUCAGAUUUUACAGCAUGGUAGAUUUUUUAUUGCGGCAUCAGUUCUGACAGCUGGUUCUAAUGAUCCCUAUGGUGUUCUAGGUGUUUAUCUCAGUUCAAAUGAUCAACAUAGAAUGGCUCAAUUUGCUGAAUUAACUUCAGUCACCCAACAGUUCGAUGGUAAGAUUGUGUUAAUGGGGGAUUUUAAUGCCAUUUCUAAUCAAUUAGAGAAAGAAGGUGGGGGUGCUAAAUCUCCUUCUUCUAUUGAAACCUUUAAUUGUUUUAUUGAUGAUAAUUCCCUGAUUGAUAUUGGUAUGGUCGGAAGACCAUUCACUUGGUCAAAUAGACGGAGGGGUGAUGAGUUGAUACAGGAAAGACUGGACCGAUUCCUGGUAGGAGUUGAUUGGCAGCAACUCUAUCCCAAUGCAACGAUUGUUAGAGAAGUUUGGCAUGAACAGAUUGAUGGUUCAGCCAUGUAUAUCCUAGCUCAAAAAAUAAAGCGUUGUCGGCAUAAGAUUGUCAAAUGGCAGCAAGAACACAGAUCUAAUUCGAAGGUGGAGAUUAAUUUACUACAGUCGGAAUUAGAAGAACUUCGUUUAGCAGGAAUUCAUGGAGGCGACAUCAUUUCAGAAAUAGAGGACAAACUUGAAAAAGCAUUGCAAAAUGAGGAAUCUUAUUGGAAAGAUAAGUCUAGAGUCAAAUGGCUCAAAUCUGGUGAUCAGAAUACAGCUUUCUUCCAUCAGAAAUUUAGAAAUCGAACCCGAAGGAAUAGAAUUUGGCAACUAACUGGCAAUGAUGGUGAAGUGGCUACUUCAAAUGCUGGUAUUGCUUCUGUGGCUGAAUCUUAUUUCAAGGACAUCUUUUCCUCCACUUGUCAUGAGAACCCUGAACCUCUGUUUACUGAUUUUGAACCUAAGGUUACAGCUCACAUGAACCGUAAGCUUCAAAGACCAGUGACUAUGGAGGAAGUGAAACGCGCAACAUUUAGCAUUCAUCCUCAAAGUGCCCCAGGAGAUGAUGGUAUGACAGCAAAAUUUUUUCAAAGCUUCUGGAACAUACUUAGUGGUGAUGUGUUUCGAGUAGUUAAGAGCUUCUUUUCUGGGGGUAGAAUCUUGAAGGGUUUUAACCACACUCAGAUCUGUCUUAUUCCCAAGAUUUCUGAUGCUAAAGAUAUGACUCAGGCUUCAGAGUAUGAUGAAUAG